ACCAACUCUUCAUUACAUGCUGUGAGCAUUGCCAACCACUAACGUAUUAAUAGACCACAUGAAAAAAAAUUAGCAAAUGACAGCAAAGGCAUGACAUCAUCACCUCCACAUGAAAAAAAAUCCAAGAAUUAAAACACCACCCCCAUCCCACAAGCCAUGCAAUUGAUAUACAUGCUUAGAAUAAUACUUUACAACUGAAACGAUGAGAAGGAUAUCUUCCUAAAAAUGUGUUGUAACGGACUCUCAAAAUUUUGUGUUUAUCGUUAGAAUUGUUCAUAUUAUAUGUCGUUGCGUAAAGAUCACCACUUGAAAUCGUUAUGUCAUCAAAAUGUGUAAAAAUAUAUAGUAAGAAUUGUUAAUAGUAUUAUGAGCUGUUUUAUCUAUUUGUUGCAGUUAUUUGACUUAAUAACCAUUACUUUAAUUUUUUUUUAUAAAGAUGAUCUUUCCAUAAUGAUUUAUAUCAUUAAUGGUUUCGAUCAUUAGCACGAAAUUUUAUGAAUCGUCCGCAAAACAUUUUCAGGAGGAAUCCCUCCUCCUCACCUUGCCCGCCAACUGUUCGAUACUUUGCCUCGCCCCUCCACCGUGCUCUGGAACACCAUCAUCAUUGGAUUCAUCUGCAACAACAUGGCCAAUGAAGCCCUCUUGUUCUACUCCCAGAUGAAAUCUGCCUCUCCCGGCACCAAGGCCGACCCUUACACUUACUCUUCUACCCUCAAAGCCUGCACCGACACGCGCAAUUUCAAGAUGGUGCGUAGAGUGUUUGAUACAAUGCGCAAGAGGAAUGUGGUUGCUUGGAAUACGCUGGUUUCGUGGUAUGUUAAGACGGAAAGAUAUGCAGAAGCAGUGAAGCAGUUUAGGAUGAUGAUGGGAAUGAGAAUAAGACCGAGUGCUGUCAGUUUUGUCAAUGUUUUCCCUGCACUUUCCGCUAUGGGAGACUAUAAGAACGCGAGUGUUUUAUACGGUAAGCUUCUUAGGUUGGGUGGGGAAUAUGUGACUGACUUGUUUGUUGUGAGCUCGGCAAUAUUUAUGUAUGCCGAGUUUGGUUGCCUUGAAUAUGCUAGGAAGACUUUUGACCAUUGUUCGGAGAGAAAUACAGAGAUUUGGAACACUACGAUCGGUGCAUAUGUUCAAAAUAACAGUCCUAUUGAAGCGAUCGACCUCUUCUUUCAAGCUGUAAACUCAGAACUGGCUAUUCUUGCUGAGGUGACCUUCCUAUCAGUUUUAACUGCAUGUUCACAGAUGCAACAGUUGGAAUUAGCUGGACAGCUGCAUGCUUUUAUCAUCAAGCAUUUGAGAUUGAUGCCCGUUAUUUUACUCAAUGCGACUAUCGUAAUGUAUUCAAGGUGCAAUUCUGUUGACAUGUCAUUCAAAAUUUUUCAUAAGAUGCCUGAGAGGGAUGUUGUUUCAUGGAAUACUAUGAUUUCUGAAGAAGCUUUCUUUGUCUUUAGGCAGAUGCUUGAGCUAAUACCAAAUGAUGUGACCUUAGCAUCAGUUCUACCAGCUUGUAAUCCUGUGGGAAACAUAGAUAUGGUUAAGCAAAUCCAUGGGUUCUCUAUCCGCCACUACCUUGACCAAAACGUCUUCGUGGGAUCUGCUCUAAUUGACAUGUAUUCCAAAUGUGGUGCAGUCACUUAUGCUGAAAAUGUUUUCGCUGGAUCCCAUGAGAAGAACACUGUCACAUAUACCACAAUGAUGCUGGGCUACGGUCAGAAUGGAAUGGGUGAGAGAGCUCUCUCUUUGUUUCACUCAAUGCAGAAAUCUGGCACUGCACCUGAUGCCAUAAUCUUUGUUGCGGUCUUGUCUGCCUGCAGUUAUGCUGGUUUGGUUAACGAAGGUCUUUCGAUAUACGAUUCAAUGAAAGGGGAAUACAAUAUUAAACCACUAACGGCACACUAUUGCUAUAUAGCUGACAUGUUAGGGAGGGUUGGGAGAGUGGUUGAAGCCUACGAGUUUGUCAAAGGGUUGGGCGAAGAGGGUGAUGCGAUGGAAAUUUGGGGCUCACUUCUUGGGGCGUGCAGAAUUCAUAAACAUUUUGAAUUGGGAAAGAUUGUUGCUGGGAAAUUGCUUGAACUAGAGGCAGCAAAUGGCAAAACGGGCUACCAUGUUUUGCUCUCAAAUAUGUAUGCCGAGGAAGGCAAGUGGGAAAACGUGGAUACUGUGAGGAAACAAAUGAGGGAAAAGGGUUUGAGGAAGGAGACUGGAUGUAGUUGGAUUGAUAUUAGCGGUUUUUUGAACUGUUUCGCAUCUCCUUUGCAGGAUCAUAACAAGAACUAUCUAUCCAUGGAAAACUGCCCUUCAUGUAAGUUUAUCGUUUGUGAUUGUCAAUCCAACUUUAAUCGUCUAUGAUAUGCAUUUUCUCAGGAUUCUUAAAAAUACAUAGUUAAGGACUGGAUUAAAAGUGUGAAUUCUCCUAAAACUAAACUGGCUGGUUUCUGGCAAGUCAGUGGGCAUGUCUUUUUAUUGAGUUUAGCUUCAUCUUAGGUUUAUGUGAUGUAUCGUGAUGUUUGUAUCUGCAGCUGGAAUUUACUUUCUUGCUAAUUUAGCUU